AUGUCCUCAUCUGUGAGAUCAGGGACUCUAACGUUAUUGCACACUGCCUGUGGAGCAGGUAUUUUGGCAAUGCCCUAUGCAUUCCAGCCAUUUGGGGUGUUUCCAGGUUUAUUUCUGAUUGCUUUCUGUGGUGCAUGUGCUAUGCUGGGUCUUAUAUUACAAUCUACUGUGGCUAAGUAUGUUCCUGAAAGAAAUGCUUCUUUCUUUGCUUUAUCACAAGUGACAAACCCUAAGUUCAGUGUGCUGUUCGAUAUAGCUAUUGCAGUCAAAUGUUUCGGUGUGGGGGUUUCAUACAUGAUAGUGGUCGGUGAUGUGAUGCCUCAGAUUUUAGGGACAUUCACAGACACUGAGUUCUUCUUGAACAGAAAUGUUAACAUUACCAUCGUGAUGCUGUUUAUAGUGACACCCCUCUGCUUCCUCAAGAAUUUGAAUUCUUUACGAUAUGCAUCCAUUGCAGCCAUUUCGGCAGUUAUUUAUUUAUGUUUCUUGGUCAUGUUCCAUUUCUUCAUUCCAAAUGAAGAAAUAAGAGACACAAGAGGCCCAGUAUCCUGGGGAUUUCCUAAAGAUGGGCUGAAUCCGUUGAACACCUUACCUAUCUUUGUUUUUGCCUAUACGUGCCAUCACAAUAUGUUCUCAGUCAUUAAUGAACAACAGGACAUCCAUUUCAACAAAUUGAAACAGAUUUGCAUAUUUGCUAUGUUAUUAGCAUGUACACUAUACAUUAUCAUUGGUGGAUCAGGUUACUUGACGUUCGGAAACGCCAUUACAGGCAACAUCAUUACGCUGUAUUCCAAUUCUGCCGCCACAACAGUGGGGAGAAUCGCCAUUGUGAUCUUGGUGAUGCUAGCAUUCCCAUUGCAAUGCCACCCAGCCAGGGCAUCCAUUAAUCACAUUCUACACUACUUUCAACUCAUUAACUGUGAUAAUAACCAAGUGCAAGAAAGCGAGUCUGGUCAUAGAGAAUCCUCUGGCUUGAUAGACAACGAAAUUACGCCACAACCUCAGCUACAAGAAGCUUUUGAACAACCACCCGACGAGGUCGUCGAAGAAGAGUUCCCAGAACAACAGAAGUCAUUUGAGCCUGUCACACUGGACCCCAAGACGUUUACCGUUGUCACCAUCUGUAUUCUGAUAUGCUCCUAUAUCUUGGCCGUAUCUGUGACAUCGCUAGCAAAAGUACUAGCAAUUGUAGGUGCCACAGGGUCAACAUCCAUCGCAUUCAUUUUACCGGGGGUCUUCGGAUAUCAACUGAUAGGAUCAGAGUACAGCACCUCACAAAUCGUGCCACUGCCCACAAAACUGUUAAAAUAUUCCGCUGUUGCUCUGACGAUCUGGGGUGUCUUUGUCAUGACAGCAUCUUUAUUCGCAGCUCUAUUUCUGGGAGCAUCGCACUAG